AUGAAGGUUUCCCUGUGUGGAGCGUAUUUAGUAUCGUUUCGCAGGCCGUUGAAGAUGGGCAAACUACAGCUAUUGCAGUGGUACCAUAACUACGCGUUAGUGCUUGGAGUCACCUCGCACAGACUGGUAUCCGGAAGAGUGCAGCAAUCAUGGGUAACCCGUUGGUAUACGGUGGUGGCGAACGUUUUCAUAUUGAUAGCGCUGCCUGGAAUGUUCUGGCUAUCGGUGGAGUACAUAAGGCAAACAAAUUGGUUCCCGAAUCUAAUACCGUUCACCAGCUAUAUACUCUACUCGGUGUCGUACGCAGCUAUAUCCUAUACCAUACUCUCACGCAGUUGGCGGGACUGUGCUCUAGUGGAACUGGAGAGCAUUGUGUGCAAAAUCAAUAGUCAACAUCCACAUCAUGUGGAUCGCUGUUUGGAAUAUAUUUUCUACUUGAAGUUGGCAACAAUGAUACUCUUGACACUGAUCGGCAUGGUCAUGUGUUUAAUGAUUCCCAAUGAGCACAGAUGGAAUAUUCUGCUCAUCACAUUUGUAUUUCAGAAUGCCAUGAAUAUUCCACCUGUAGCCACUUAUCGCUACUUUUUAGCUCUCUGGUAUAUUGCUUCUUCAUAUCAAUCGAUCAAUCGCCGUCUGAACGAACUUGUGAAUGCCUUCGAAUCCAGAUUACCCAAGCGCGGGGAGCGCGAGGAAUUGUUCCGUUUGUGGUCGAUGCAUGCGGUGCUUGGACGAUGUACUUUGAAGAUCAACAAGGUGUAUGAAUUCCUCAUGCUGGCCGCACGAUUUGAAUUUGCGACAUUCUGUGUGAUCUACGGGUAUUGGGGAAUGCUCUUUGCGUUUGCCGUCGACACUCCCAUUUAUGCGAUUAUGUUUGGAUGCUUCAACUACUGGAUUCGUUUUUUAGACUUUUAUCUGCUGGAUGCAAUGUGCGAUCUGACAAUUCAUUAUCAAAACAAUUCUUAUCAUGGAGUCACCGAGGGACAUUGGUUCAAAGAGUUGAAUUACUACUUAUUAUAUACGAAAUCAUCGAAAUUUGAAAUAUCAGUUUGUGGCCUUUACACAGUAAAUCGUAGUCGCUGGUUUCAAAUGCUCGGCUCUCUCACGACAUUCACUUUAUUGCUGCUGCAAUUUCAUUUGAUUUUAAAAGAUAAAUUCACACUGUAG